CAAGUAUGAGUACAAACUUGUGGUCUGCAGGCAAACAUUAUAAUGUUCAAUUUCUCAGAACUUUAUCCUAAAUCAGAGGUUCAAAAUGAUAUAUAAUAUUGAUCUAUCUAUAUUAAUAUGUCCACCCAGAGUAACCCUACUAAUCCCAACUCAACCUGGGACCAAAUAAAUAUUCAGUCUGUUUGGAUCAGGUAUAUUUAACUACACUCAUGCUUUUAACCAAACUUAUAUAAUGUGUAAACAUUACACAGUGUCACGUCUGCUCUCAACUAAGUAGGCUUACCCAUAAAGUUGUCUCAAAAUACACCCCCCCUUAGGACAGGCGAAUGACUGGAUUAUAAACAGACUUAGUGGCAUAUAAAUGGUGGGAGUGAAGACUGAGAACUUUUACACUCCUCUCCACACAAGUCGACAAACUCACAGUGACGUUUGUUAAUGGCCGGAAGGCACGUGCAGUGGGCUUCACCUUUGGAAAUGAACGCAGCAGCAGAAGGCACCAAGGCAGCUCCUCCCAAGUUCAAACAUAAGGAGACCAGGCAGUUCAAGAGCAAGGCUCCCAAAGCGGGACAGAAGGGGUUUGAUAAUGAUGUACCAGGCAUGGAGGGUCUUGGAGACUCUGCCGUGGUCUGCCCCUGGGAGGCAUUUGGUGACAUGGAGCUCAGUGACCUGGCUCAGUUCGGCAUCGUCUAGACCUAUUAGAUCCUCAGAGACACAUCUUCAUACGUAUUCUCCUGACGUGACACCCAAACAUGAUUCUGUACAAACAUAGACGUCCAUUCCUCUGUUUCAAGUUGAAAGAUUCUCUAGGAGAAGAUAUAAAUAAAUGACUGUAUAUUACAUUAUAUGUAUAACAUGUUGGCUUUGGUAUCUUACAGUCAUGAUGUAUCUUGAUAUUGUCUUGAUAUUGAGAGAUGAAGGGUUUAAUGGAGGAGAUUGACUGAUGAACUGAAAUGGGUCCAUAAAAGAAUGUAUGAUGGUUAUAAAAUGAGGGUGAUUAAGGAAAGCAUGAAUGUUUUCCUCCCUGCUCUGUGUUGUGUAGAAUAAAAACUGAAUGCUACUGUAAAUGCUAUUUUCCUAAAAUAAAACUUUUUUUCAACACAUGCA